AUGUUGCGGACUUCUCUGCUACUCCGCUUUGCCGGAGCGCCGACGGUCAGGUCGUUUACACGGGGAGCGGUGCUGUCUGUAUCGCGCCCAGCUCGUGGACCGGGGAGUCCGUCUCCGUCAACUCCGGCUACGUAUUCUGCCAUUUCUCGUGCGUCCACGCCUUCUCUCGCACAGUCAGGAAUAGCUUUCAGAGAAUCGGUCCCAGACAAAGUCUAUCGAUGGCUAGACAUCACCGGAUUCCUCACACGGUGGAACAACCGCAAGGAGUGGCUCCUGGACUUACCCCCGUUCGGUCGACAGGGAACUCCACUAGUCACCGAAUUCGAGAGGAAACAAGAAAUGUUCGUCAGCUUGAACGCCCUCGUAAUUUCAAUUUUCGCGCUGUAUCUUGGGGUGAAAGGGAUGAGCCACCUGAGCUACAAGGGGCCGACACCGUCGUACGAAGGCUUCCCAGGGGUAGAUGGCCGGAAAAAGGAUUUUACGAUGAUGAGUCGUUUGUGGUUCAUUGAGCCCAAAGAACGCUGCAAGGAGUGCAGGUGGCUUGACCUGGAAUGCAAGAAGGAAUGCUUUGCGCAACUGAAGGCAGAAGGCCAUCGCCUGACGGUGAACGGAGGAAAUCCUCUAUCCGUUCCACGAGGAAAAUUGGAGCCACCGCAUUUCCACUGA